AUGAUUUCACUCAAAGGCUUACUUCUUCUACUCAGUCUCCCAAUCAAACUCCUUUGGGUUAUCAUAAGAUACCCAUUCUUUGGUGGUGCUAAUGAAAAGUUUAAAAACAGUUUGAUCAAUUCAUUGAAGUUACAAAUUUACCGUUUUGGUUUAUCUUUGUCAGUUAAAGAUGCAGUAUACGUUGGAAUCAUGAGUAAUUAUUUCAUUAUUAAUAGAUUGUUGAAACUUUUGUACCCUGGAUUGACCAAAUUGAACAACUAUGGAAAGAGAUAUGAUAAGCAAAGCAUUUGGCUCGUUGAAGCUAAAAACAGAUCCAAAUCUGAUCCAAUCAUCAUCUAUUGUCAUGGAGGUGGAUAUUUCUUAGAGACGCAACCAUCGCAAAUAGAAUCUGUCUUGAGCUUUUACCAUUUACUUGACGAAGAGAAAAAACUGAAAACUUCCAUUUUAGUCCAAGAGUAUGGGUUGGCGGGUAAAGGAAGCCUUAUUGGCUCACAAUUGUAUGAAUUGGUUGCCACCUAUGACAAAUUGGCUUCAGAAGGUAAUGACAAUAUAGUUAUCAUGGGAGAUUCAGCAGGAGGAAACUUGGCAGUUGUAUUGUUGCAAUACCUCAAGCAACAAAAGAAUCCAAAAUUGCCUUGGCCAAGAUCAGCAGUUUUGAUUAGUCCAUGGGUUAAAAUUAUUCCUGAUGAACAUCAAAUCACCCCUGGUAAUUCAUUCCAUGAGAAUAAAGACCGUGAUAUGAUUCAAGCACACAUUUUCACUGAAGACCGUCGUGUUGACUUGCUUGGAGAUACCAACCAUGCUGAUCUCUUGGUUUCACCAGGAAAUCUUGAAUACAAUGCAAGUGACUGGAGCGAUAUCCCCACUUUGAAUGGUAAAGGAUACUCAACAUUUGUUCUUGUUGGUGAACAUGAGAGUUUCCGUGACGAUGUGAUGGAAUGGGCCAAACAUGCAAUCAAUUCUCCCUUGGUACCACAGAAGCAGGAUUCACGUGGAAGUUUUGACUCUAGAGUACAUGAAUACAAGACUGAUGGUGAAAAUGGUGCUUAUGUCGAUAUUGCAGUUGAACCCUGGGGUGUUCACGAUUCUGUUUUGUUUUUCGAAAAUACCAUCAUUAGGAAAUUGAGAAAAACCCCACAUUUACAACUAAAGAAUUUGAACAAGGUGGAGUAUUUUGGUGUCAUUAAAAUCACUGAGUUUUUAAACAAAACAUUGGUUGUUGGUGACGAAGCAAAGAAGUUGAGAAUUGUUGAUACCACGCAAAUAACCAAAGCAAAUGGUAAAGUUGCUGAAAAUGAUGUUCAAGCAGUUGCUGAAGAAGUGAAUAGUGUACUUGAUGGGGUUAGAGCUUGA